AUGACACAACGCCAAGAAGUCCUCGACGGAAACCCUGUCUCAUUCGCAGAGGCUCUCGAUCGCAGCGAUGACAUCCUUCACAAGAUUGACCUUCCUGACAAGCAAAGGAAAUUCAAGGAUUUUCUGACCGACCACAAGAAGGAAAUUGAGGGCUUAGUCAAAUUACAUCGCAAUAGCCGUGACGCUGAUAUGUUAAAGUCGAGUGGAUGGACGUAUGGACGCCACAGCGUCUGCAUUCCAGUCCGCGUAAAGUCCAACCCAACAACUAUACACUCCAUUUUUCGAGUCCCCCUCCCAUAUAGAGUUGGCGAAGAGAGAAGGCCUGGGAACGCGGACGAGAAAGUCCGCUGCGAGGUAGCAACCUAUCUCUGGAUCCGCGAGAAUUGCCCGGAGAUUCCAAUUCCCCAUUUAUACGGCUACGGAUUUCAGCGGGGAGGAUCUUUUGUUGACCAUGCAGAAUUCGAGCCGAAUGAAAGAAGCCGUUGGAGGACCGGACAGCGAUUCCCAAGAUGGUUCGGACGGCCCCCCAAAUUGCCCUUCGUCGAGAGAGAAUCACCCAACCAGUUCGGCAUAGCGUACAUGGUUGUCGACGAAAUUACAAAGGGAAACAAGCUCAGUGACUUGUUGGAUGCAAUCCUGGACGUCCCGUACCGUAGGAAGAACUUCUUCGACGACCUCGCCGACAUCAUGCUUCGGCUCAGGAGUGCGCCAAUGGACCGAAUCGGAUCUUUGACCGUGAGGGAGGACACUGUUAGUAUCGCAAAUAGGCCUUUUACAAAGCACCUGGCCGCGUGGGAUAGUGAAGGCAUUCCCACCAUACCACGAGAAGAGACAUUCAAGACCGUGGAGUCGUAUAUCAUGGCCCUUCUGGAAUGCCACGACAACGCCAUUCGCCGCCAGGGGAAUGCAAUCCGCCAUUUGGCAGACGGCCAGUCGCAGCUUUCCAAUAUUCUCAUGAUGCGCGCUCUUUUCAAUCAAUUCACUGACAAGAGGUAUCGCAAAGGACCGUUUGUACUCACCCUGACCAAUCUUACGACCCAUAAUAUCAUGGUGGAUCGCCAUGGGCAUAUUACCAGCCUUAUCAACCUAAACUGGGCAUGUUCUCUGCCUGUUGAAAUGCUGACACCUCCGUACUGGCUGGUGGACCUGGCGGCCGAUGAUAUUGACUAUGCGAACUUAAUCGACGAUUUCCUGGACAGCCUCAGGGCGAGGGAGAAGGUCUUUCCGGACUACCACCAUGAUUCAAAUGCGGCGAGUUUGCCAGCUAUUUAG